AAUCUAAAUUUUACAAAUCUUUAGCCUGACUGAUGCGUGUAAUUUUGGACUUUUAAUAUAUAAAGUUGAGCACUUUCUAGUUUGGAUGCAAAUGCUCUAGACUUAGAAACCUCAUCAAGAAACUCACAACAACAAAACCAUUUCAUACACACACAAUACGAUACAAAUGAAGCCACCAAUCUCUUCCUCCUCUCUUCUCAUCAGAAAAGCUCGUCUCUCACCCUACCUUCUCAUCUUACUAGCUUUCAUAGUUUUCGUCACAGUUCUCUAUGGCCAGGACUUCAUGUGGAUCUUCAGCCAACAACUCCAACUCUACGCUGACCAGGGCCAACCCGUUUCCAGAACAGAGCAGAAGUGGGAGAAGUUGCCCUUUGCGAUAGGGAAGGCCCAGGAAGGCUGUGACGUGUUCAGUGGGAGCUGGGUUAGGGACGAGUUGACUCGGCCUCAUUACCAAGAAUCGGACUGUCCGUACAUACAGCCACAAUUGACGUGCCAAGAACAUGGGCGACCCGAUAAAGAAUACCAAUAUUGGAAAUGGCAGCCACACGAUUGCUCUCUUCCCAAUUUCAAUGCCACAUUGAUGCUUGAGACUCUCCGGGGAAAGAGAAUGAUGUUUGUCGGGGAUUCCUUGAACCGGGGCCAAUAUGUUUCAAUGGUGUGUCUUCUCCAUAAACUAAUACCUAAGGAUGAAAAGUCCAUGGAAACUUUCGAUUCGCUAACUGUUUUCACAGCCAAGAAAUACAAUGCCACGAUUGAGUUCUAUUGGGCUCCAUUUCUUCUCGAAUCAAACUCAGAUAAUGCUGUCAUUCAUAGGAUAUCUGAUAGGAUUGUUAGAAAAGGUUCAAUCAAUAAGCACGGACGAUAUUGGAAAGGCGUUGAUAUAUUAGUAUUCAAUACCUAUCUUUGGUGGGUGACCGGCUCGAAGAUGAAGAUCUUGCUAGGAUCCUUCGAUGAUGAAGUGAAAGAAAUUGUUGAGCUAUCAACUGAGGAUGCUUAUCGCAUGGCAAUGAAAAGUAUGUUAAGAUGGGUGCGGAAUAAUAUGGACCCCAAGAAAACAAGAGUCUUCUUUACUAGCAUGUCACCUUCUCAUGCAAAGAGCAUUGAUUGGGGAGGUGAACCAGGUCUCAACUGUUACAAUCAGACUACUCUAAUUGAAGAUCCAAAUUACUGGGGUUUAGAUUGCCAGAGAAGUAUAAUGGAGGUGAUUGGAGAAGUAUUCAGUAAAUCAAAGUUUCCCAUUACAUUUCUCAACAUCACCCAACUCUCAAAUUAUAGGAAAGACGCCCACACUUCAAUCUACAAGAAGCAAUGGAAUCCAUUGACUCCUGAGCAAAUAGCAAAGCCUUCUAGCUAUGCGGACUGUUUACAUUGGUGUUUGCCUGGCCUUCAAGAUACUUGGAAUGAGCUUCUAUUCGCCAAGCUAUUCUAUCCUUAAAGUGUGGUCAAAACCCAAAAUUGAUAAAUCCUCUCAUAUACAUAUGGGUGUGAAUCUGGAAGUAGGGCAUUUAAACCUAUUACGUUUGAAGCUAUGUGACACUUGGGUCAAGGUAAGAGAGAGAGAGAGAGCAUCUGUGUAAAAUAACAUUGUUGCAAAUUAAAGGAAAAUGAAAAUGAAGAAAAUUGAUUUGAUUUUUUUGUAAA